AUGCGAUCAGGUGAAGUGAACUUAACCGUUGACGGUACCUGUUUCGGCAAGACCAAUGUCCCCAGCUGCGUGCGCAAUGAAUUCUUUGAACUCAACCUUGGGGUGGACAGGUUCGUUAAGGUGGCCUAUAAGGAACCUGGGAUAACACUUAGUAAAAUCGACGAAUUCUUGGAGCUUACUAUCACAUAUUUCAAAGCGACAUGCAAGAUCAAGAAUACAAGAGACCAUGCAGUCAACGUUCUGGUAUUGGAUCAGGUGCCGGUUAAUGUGGACGAUCAUUUUGAUGUUGAGAUUCUGACGCCAGAGACCUUGGGGUUUCCGGGUGAUAAGGUGGAUCUCACAGAGCCGGGAAAGCCGGGAACGAAGACUGCGGAACUGGGUCGUGAUGGAGAGGUUCGAUGGGAAGUGACACUUGAGCCGGAUGAGGAGAUAGAGCUCGAUUUGCGAUAUUCUAUCGAGGCGCCGUUUGAGAAAUGGGGAAGGGACUUUCCUGUGCCUGUUGCGAAAUGA